AGGGUUGCUUUUGAAUGUGUAACCGUCGGAAUGGAGGGAUGAAAGGCUGUAGCUGGCAAGGCGGUUGUGUACCCCAAACAAGCCGACAAGUAUUUAAGAGUCGACUGGUUUCGUGUCUUGGGCGCAGGAGCGGCGAUCCUCCCGACUGCUGCUAUGCAAACACCCGCAAAUGGGGUGCCAAACCCCAGAGCAAGGUCAAGGGAGGUCAGGAGCAAUCUGUUUCAGAGCACUGGAUUUACCAACACAGGAUUGAAUUCUGCUCGUAGGAAUACUCCUUUUCGCCAGGCCCCAUCAAAGAGAAGGAUCCCACAAAGCAGCCCUCUGGAGGAAACUCUUGAACCAUCAAGGAUCGCCUAUCUCUUAAACAAGCAAUGGAACCUAUACAGUGUAACUCCAAUGCACAGGUUUUCACAUAAGAAUCUAAAGGAAUACUCCAGGCUGCUGUCUGCCCAGAUCUUGGCUGAGAAGCAAAAGGGUUUCGCAAUUGAGGUUGGCACAGAGCACAUUAUGAAAGCAAGCUUCUCCUAUUUGCCUGGACUCAAGGGGAAGGAGAGAGAUCCGGGAGCAGUUCUGGUCCAGGUUUCAACCAAGCCACAGUUCUCCAAAGCAGGUGCAGAAGACAAAAUUGUAUGGUCAGGCUGGUUCUGUUGUACUUUUGGAGAUGAUGAAAUUUUGGAAAUGUUACCAGACACUAUGGUUUGCCUGCCCUUAUUCCUGGUGAAUGGGACUGAAUCUCUCACGGCCAUAGUGGGCUCAUGGUUUCAGAGGAGUUUUGACUGUUGUUUCAGUAAAUUACCCAUCAGCGCUCGGGAUCUCGCUUGGAUGACGGCCAUGUGGGCUGGUUAUGAAAUCCAUGAACGUGUUUCUGCCACCGAGCUGGUUUUCUCGGUUCCAGUUGAACCUCACAUGGACAUUUCUUAUGCCAUCCACCCAGAUGACUUCAGGACUCUGUGGAACGAUAUCCAUAAAAGUGAAGAUGAAGUUACUGCGGAAGAGGUGGACACUUUAUUUCAUAACCUUUACAACCACUUUUUCCGACAUUUCAAGAUUCACUUAUCUGCAACACAGCUCACAAAAGUGUCCACGUCUGUGGCUUCCGCACAUUGUGAAGGCAAAAUAAAGUUCCUCAGUAAAGAACAUCUUGUCCGAGUGCUUGCACUGCUUACCGAGUUAGCCGUUAACAAUAUCCCAUACUGACUGUGGAAUCAUGCAUUUCAUCAAAGACUUAUAAGCUGUUACCUGGCUUGUCCUUUACUAAAAUUGCACUCUAGAAAUAUACAUAUAUUGUUAUUGGAUCCUUGCUUCUUUAAAGAUUCAGGUCAUGGGACUGCAGUCUAAUUACCACCUAAUUUUAAAACUGAAUUCUACCUGAAGACCUCCAUUCAUCAUUGUUUAAUGGAAUGACUUCAAGCACUUUUGUCCUGUGAAGAAAUGACUGCAUUAACCUUCUUUUAUUUAAUAUAAAUGUUAUAAACAUGCAAAGAUUUUCUAAUGUCCCAAAUAAACACUUUUUCACUAAAAUAAA